CCACUGCACUAGUAUCAAGCCAAGUAAGCCCAUGGAAUCUCGACGGCAUCGGCGGCAGGUCGUUCGUCCAUUGACAAUGCUAAGCGAGGAGCUGGAGAAGAUGGUGCUAUCGUACGUCCCACCCCUUCCGAACUACGUGACGUGGCAGCUUGUGUGCCGUCGGUGGCGUGCCAUGCUCCUCAGCCUUCCUGCAUUCGACGUCAACUUCGACCUCGUACGGCCGGUCGACAACGGCACGCGAUAUCUGACGCUUCUUCAACGGUGGCCAAUGCUCCGAUCCGUGACCAUGACGCGUGACAUUUUCGUGUCCAACGAACUCACAUGGCAGCUCGGGCUAUCGCAGCUGGCCCAUCUACAACACGUCUCGCUUCGCCAUACCCACACCAAAGUGUUGCAAGAGCUCUUUAAGGCAUGCCACAGCCUUCGAACUGUGUCCGUGCUUGGUUGUUCUGACGCGCGACUACCGACUGUGAAGACCAGCCUCCCGUUCCUGCAAAAACUCGAGCUACAAGCCGCCUCCCUCGCAAACAACUCUUCCAUCGUGUCCAUCCUCCGAAACGCCCCGCAGCUCACCCAUCUGGUUGUCUCUGCCGCCAAUGACGUGACAUCGCAAGUGCUGGCGCAGCUGGCCGCUUCCUGUCCACUCAUUCAUCAAGUCGUGCUCAAUCAAUGUGGACUCAUGGUGGCAUCCCAAGUUGAUACCUUCGUACGCACCUUUCACGCCCAACUCACGUGGUUGGAUCUGUCACAUUCGCGCGAUCUCAAGACGUUUUGCAUUAACGACGAACACUCGCUGGUUUUCGACAAGCUCCAAGUAUUAGUAGUCGACAAUACGCUUAUUCGAGACAGUGUGCUGCAGACCGCUCGAUGCCCCCACCUCGACGUGUUAUCAAUCCAAAACUGCCGGUGCAUCACGGAUGCCGGGGUCGUGUCCUUUGCCGUGGCGAAUGCAGGGGCCCCGCUUACGGUAUUCGAAGCCAAGAAUACAGCCAUCACCGAUGUUAGCAUCAACGCCUUGGCUCAAUCGAUGCCCCUGCUGACGCAUGUAGGCGUCGAGUCAUGCCGCGGAGUGUCCCGGGCCGUCCGUCAGCGGUGUGCGCUGCAGUGUCACACCCACGCCAUGAGCUACGAGCGGGUGCUGGUAGCCACGAAUGCAUCAGCGUACCGCAAGGACAAUGUCGGGGUCGACUUCGCCGCCAAGCCCAUCAAGAAGACAUCUGCAGGUUUAUUGCCAUAUGGCCUCGAUGAAGAUUACAACCCGAGAGAUCACCACCAAGAGUUUGAAGAGGAUGACACUGACGCGAGCCAACGACGGGGACGCAACGCGCCUGGUAGCCGACCUGCCACACCGAGGCGAAACACUAGGCGUUAGUUAACUCAAGAGACUUCAAGAGAACUUGGAACUACCCUCUCAGGGGUGUAUAGCUAUGUACCGGCAGUACUGUAUGUGUGCCCAUCCAGCAGCUGCAGCACGCAAUGCAGCCGUUCACUCCCGUGUUGGGACGAACCAGACCAAGCAAACGAC